AUGGACCCUCGCAAGUCUGACGCCAUUCACAAUGAGCGCUUCGUGAAGAUCAUUUGUGUGGGUGCUGGUGCAUCGGGUCUCUGUCUAGCGUACAAGCUCCAGCGAUCUUUCAGACAAUUCUCCCUCACAAUCUACGAGAAGAACCCCGAUGUCUCCGGCACAUGGUAUGAGAAUCGCUAUCCAGGCUGCGCGUGCGACGUCCCCUCCCACAACUACGCCUACUCAUUCGAGCCGAAACUCGACUGGUCCAGUGUCUAUGCGGGCUCCGCCGAGAUCCGACAGUAUUUCCGAGGGUUUGCCACCCGGCACAAUCUCUGGCAGUACAUCAAACCCUCCCAUCGGGUGGUGGAAACCCGCUGGAUCGAGGCGAGUGGAAAGUGGGAAGUCCAGGUCACGGACCUGGCCUCGGGCCACGUUCUCCACGACUGGUGCCAUAUCCUCGUGCACGCAACGGGCUACCUGAAUCAGCCCGCUUGGCCCCAGAUCCCCGGCUGGAAGGAUUACACGGGGAUCACGCUUCACAGCGCCGACUACGAUGAAACGGUCUCCUUGGCGGGGAAGGAUGUCCUCCUGAUCGGCGCGGGUUCCUCGGCCGUGCAGAUCCUACCGGCCAUUCAACCGAUUGUCAACCGGGUCAAAAUCUUCAUCCGUUCCCCAACGUGGUUGCUGCCCGAUAUCAGUACCGAGGCGGGACAGUUCUCGCCGGAACAGAUCGCCCGGUUCGUUGAACACCCGGAGAGCGUACAGCGGCUGCGCCUCGAGAAUGAGCGCACGAUGAACAGUAUCUUCACCAUGUAUCUCCGGGACACCGUCCUCCAGCGUCAAAGUCGCGAGCUCCUGGAGUCUGUAAUGCGGAAAGGUCUGCCGAAGGAGGAGAUGCAGCGACGACUCAUUCCCACCUUUGCCGUCGGCUGCAAGCGCGUGGUACCGUCCGGCUUCCGGUACCUGGAGACCCUGUCGAAGGCCAACGUCGAGAUCGUCUACGGCGGGGUGUCGUCCGUCUCGGCGACGGGCUGCUGCAGUGAGGAAGGGACGGCGCACCGCGGCGAUGUCAUCCUCUGCGCCACCGGCUUCGACGCCUCGUUUAUCCCGCGCUACCCUAUCCUGGGCCCCGGGGGACGCAACCUGCAAGCCGAGUGGGCCCAGGAGAUCGGGGGCUACAUGGGCGUGGGCAUCUCGGAGUUCCCCAACACCUUCACCAUGCUCGGGCCCUACACGUCGGUCCCCAACGGACCGACGCUGACCGAGCCCAUCCACUCCAUGGCCCCGAAGCGCGAGGCCUGCGCGGCCUUCACGGCGCAUGUGGCGGCCGUGAUGCACAAGACCGUGUGGACCGAUCGCUGCCGCAACUCGCACAACAACCAUGCCAUCAGCGGUCGUACCCCGACCACCUGGCCCGGGAGCACGCUGCACUACCUGGAGGCCAUCCGGGAGCCGCGCUACGAUGACUGGGACCUCCGCUACGCGGGCAAUCGAUUCGCGUGGCUGGGGACGACGGGCAUCUCCCAGGCCGAGUGGGACGCCACCGCCGACCUGGCCUAUUAUAUCCGGCAGGCCGAUGACGACGCCCGCUGGGCGAGUCGAUGGCGGCGCAAUCUCGCAGUCGCCAAGACGGGCACCAUGAUGCCGCCUCGCAUCCUGCACAGGCAGGCGAAGCUGGCGGCGAAAGAAGACGAUCGCCCAGACCGGCUUCAGUCUCGUGCGGAGUCCCCAGAGGGGGACCUCGUUCUCAGCCAAGCUUGA